CGGGACCGAGGAGGAGGAGGAGGAGGAAGAAGCCGCAGGAGCAGGGAGGGGCCGCGGCUGGUCGGUCGGUUCCUGGUCAGAAGCAGCGGCGGAGGCACCAUGGGGGGAUCCCGAGACGACGAGUACGACUAUCUCUUCAAAGUUGUCCUUAUCGGGGACUCCGGAGUCGGCAAGAGCAACCUCCUCUCCCGCUUCACCCGCAACGAGUUCAACCUGGAAAGCAAGAGCACCAUUGGCGUGGAGUUUGCGACGCGGAGCAUCCAGGUGGACGGCAAGACGAUAAAGGCUCAGAUCUGGGACACGGCCGGGCAGGAGCGGUACCGGGCAAUAACCUCGGCCUAUUACCGUGGCGCCGUGGGGGCCUUGCUGGUGUACGACAUUGCCAAGCACCUCACCUACGAGAACGUGGAGCGGUGGCUGAAGGAGCUGCGGGACCACGCCGACAGCAACAUCGUCAUCAUGCUGGUGGGCAACAAAAGUGACCUGCGCCACUUGCGUGCCGUUCCCACCGACGAGGCCCGAGCAUUUGCAGAAAAGAACGGCCUCUCAUUUAUUGAGACCUCUGCUUUGGAUUCAACGAAUGUGGAAGCUGCCUUUCAGACCAUUUUGACUGAGAUCUACCGCAUUGUGUCUCAGAAGCAAAUGUCUGACAGACCCGGGAAUGACAUGUCUCCGAGCAACAACGUGGUCCCGAUCCACGUCCCCCCGACCACAGAAAACAAACCAAAGAUGCAGUGCUGUCAAAAUAUAUAACACGUUUCUUUCCAGUAUAAUAUUUCUCCCCCCCACAGUUCCAAAAAUGGAAAUAGA